AGGAGGAGGAAGAGGGGGGAAAAGCUGGAGCUGCCAAAUUGGCCGCGGACGAGCUGAUCUCUUAAUGGACCGCUGAAUUGUUAAAUGACACAGCGAUGAAUGUUGUGAUUUCUCUCCCCUGAUACAAGAUAGCUUUAUCCGGAGCUGCAGCAGCUUGCCCGCCUGUCGCUUUUCCAUGCAUAGCCUUUGCAGGGUCAAGAUGCAGUUUCGGACUGUGCUGGACGUGAAAGUCGUGGACGUGGAGAAGAGGCGCAAUCCGUCCAAACACUACGUAUAUCUCAUCAAUGUCACCUACUCUGACAACACAUCCCACAUCAUCUACAGAAGAUACAGCAAAUUCUUUGACCUACAGAUGCAGAUACUUGACAAGUUCCCAAUUGAGGGAGGGCAGAAAGACCCAAAGAAGAGGAUCAUCCCGUUUCUCCCAGGCAAAAUCCUGUUCCGGAGGAGUCAUGUUCGAGACGUGGCCAUGAAGCGGCUGCGUUUCAUCGACGACUAUUGCAGGGCGCUGGUGCGACUCCCCCCUCAGAUUUCUCAGAGUGAGGAGGUUCUGCGCUUCUUUGAGACGAAAACUGAGGACAUCAACCCCCCAGUGGAGGACUAUGGAUCCAAGCGCAAGUCGGGGAUUGACAACUUGGAGCCUAUGGUGCUGGAGCAGUACGUGGCGGUGGCCAACUACGAGAGGCAGGAGAACUCGGAGAUCAGCCUCAAAGCUGGCGAGACGGUGGACGUGAUUGAGAAGAGCGAAAGCGGUUGGUGGUUUGUCAGCACAGCAGAGGAGCAGGGCUGGGUGCCGGCCACAUACCUGGACUCCCAGAAUGGAACUCGAGACGACUUGGAUCUGGGCACUUCCAGGACUGGAGAAGUUACUAAGAGGCGCAAGGCCCAUCUGAAGAGGCUGGACCGCCGCUGGACUCUUGGGGGUAUAGUCAACCGCCAGCAGAGCAGAGAGGAGAAAUAUAUGACAGUGCAGCCGUACACCAGUCAAGGAAAGGAUGAGGUCAGCUUUGAGAAAGGGGUCACCGUGGAGGUCAUCCAAAAAAACCUGGAGGGCUGGUGGUACAUCAGACAUUUAGGGAAAGAGGGCUGGGCCCCUGCCUCUUACUUGAAAAAGGUGAAAGAAGACUUUUCCCCUCGCAAGAAGACCCUGACAGGUCCUGUGGAAAUCAUUGGCAACAUCAUGGAGAUCAGCAACCUGUUGCAAAAGAAGUCAGUCAGUGAGAAGGACAUCCAGACAGACGGAGAGGGUAGCUCCACACCAGAGCGCCACAUCUCCAAGAGUGAGAUCAGCCUGCCAAUGCCCUAUAACUCUGAAAUCAAUGCUGAAACAGGCAGGAGGCUGAGCGCAGGCCGUGACACCAACAGUCCAUGUCUGGGAAUAGCAGCGAGUGCUGCCCUAAAUGAAAAUAAAGGAAGAGGUGAGCCAGGGUCCCCAGCUGUUGCAAGAGUGGCACCGCACAGAGUGGAAAUUGGUGAGUAUUUGUUGUGGUCUCCAAACCUGAGACAAAAACCUCCUCCAAGAAGAGAUACCAACUUGGGAUUCCAGUUACCCAAGCCACCAGAGCCCCCUGCUGUGGAAGCAGAGUAUUACACUAUAGCAGAUUUCCAGUCUUCGAUCUCUGAUGGCAUCAGUUUCCGUGGAGGACAAAAGGCUGAUGUGAUAGAAAAGAACCCCGGAGGUUGGUGGUACGUGCAGAUUGGAGAGAUGGAGGGCUGGGCCCCCUGUUCUUACAUCGACAAACGUAAGAAGCCCAACCUCAGCCGUCGAACCAGCACCCUGACCCGGCCCAAAGUCCCACCUCCAGCUCCACCUGUCAAAAAACAAGACUCUGAGGAGGCCCCCCCUUCUUCUAACUCUGCCUCCAAAAUCUCAGAGACACCCAGCAGACCUGUGUAUGAGGAACCUGAAUAUGAUGUUCCUGCAAUUGGAUGUGAAGGUGAAUCAGAUACAGAUUCUCUGAAGGAUGAGCGCCCCCUGGAUGUGAAGAUCAGCAGUGUGGUCAGCAACAAAUACCGCAGUUCCCCUCCUUCUAGUAAAGCCUCUCCUCCUGUCUGCAAGGCAUCUCCCGUUUUUAGUCAUCGGAGGACCUCCUUCAGAUCUGUAGAAGAGGUUGCUAAAGAGGAGUGUAUCUAUGAGAAUGAUGGCUUCAGGCCAAGCAGUGGCAUUGAAGGAACCAAAGCCAAAGGUUCCAGUGAGCCCAACUCUCCAAGAAGCUACCAUUCCUCUACCGUCCCACGCAAACCCUCUGGAUCUUCACCUUUAGCCGGAAGACCCAUGAAAACCAUGACACCAGAGAUGAAUCGGCGAAGCCAGACUUUGGGCAGACACAUAGAUAUCAGCCUCAGGUCCCAGGACAACAGUCCCCACUCUUCAUCAGAUGAAUUGAACAGAGGUCCCAAGAAAGGCUCAGGCUUCAGCCGUGAUGUGGAGCAGAGAAUAGGUCAGAGCCCUUCUACUAGGCCCAAGCCCUCUGUCAGACCUAAACCACUCCUGACCAAAUCAGAGCCCCAGAGUCCUGAGAGGAUGGAUAUCAGCUCUCUGAGACGCCAGCUGAGGCCCACAAGUCAGUUUCGACAUAGCCUCAAACCUUCACGUGGGGAUGAAUCUGAAACAGCCUCUGUUAUUUCGUCAGAGGACUCAAUGUGUUCACGCAGUACCUCCGACCUCUCCUCUGUUUACUCAAAAGGGAGCCGCGGUGACUCCGACUUGGAAGGUCCUUGUCUCUACCGAUCCCUUGAUGCCUAUAAGAAGGCCCAGGACUCUGAGGUCAGCUUUCCAGCUGGGAUUGAGGUUGAGGUUCUGGAGAAGCAGGAGAGUGGUUGGUGGUACAUACGUUGGGGCUCUGAGGAGGGCUGGGCUCCCUCGUACUACCUGGAACCUGUCAGACAAGUGGGUGAUGGUGGUGGUUUAGAAUCAGAUGGACAUGGGAGUGGUGGAAGUAAGUCCAAUAGCCUGGAGAAAAACGAGCAGCAUGUUUUGGCCCUCAAUAACAUCAAUAUUCAGGGUCUUACCCAACAGCAUCAAGGCUUGAGGAGGAACACUCCACCGAUUCCUUCAAAGCCUCCUGGUGGCUUCUCAAAACCAUCUGGGAUGGUUAAUGGAGGUGUACGGAUGAGGAACGGGGUACGCCAAGUGGCAGUGAGACCUCAGUCUGUAUUUGUGACCACCUCACAGCCAGCUAAGGACACACAUUACAUGACAGGGUCUCUAAGGCGAAAUGACUCACUUGGCAGGAGCGAUCACUAUGGCUCUGGUUCUGCCACUCUUGGUGUUCGUCGAAAUGCCUCCUUCAGCACCGUGCGGCCACAUGUGGUUGUUGAAAGUCAGACGAGGCCUGCCGAGCACACCAGCCUGGGGUCCUCAGGAAGCGGAUUCAGCACAAGCAAUGUCCAGGAUGCCCUUAGAGUUAGCCAGCGCAACGGUAUUCCUGUGUCCACAGUCCGGCCCAAGCCUAUAGAGAAGAAUCAACUGAUCCACAACAACCUUGGCAGGGAUGUGUAUGUGUCCAUCGCUGACUAUCGUGGAGAUGAGGAGACUAUGGGUUUCACUGAGGGCACCUGUCUGGAGGUCUUGGAGAGAAACCCCAAUGGAUGGUGGUACUGCCAGGUGCAGGACAGCCUGCUUCCCCGCAAGGGCUGGGUCCCAUCCAACUACCUAGAGCGGAAAAAAUAAAAUCAACCCACAUCCUUCCCCUACCCUUCACCACAGCUCCCCUUUUUGAUGUCUCCAAGGACAUGGGUGGCAUCACUCCUUAAGAAUGUUACCCGCAAUCUCCCACAAGCAAUAUGUCCUUGAAAAUGUACAUUUAUGAAAAGACUGUGUGAAAAGAAAGCUGUUUUAAUCUGAUAAGGAAGGACACUUUUAGUGCUGGUUUACUAAAAUGUAUACAAAGAGGAUUGUAAAGAUUUUAAGUAUUUUGCCUGAUAAUGACAGACAAACGUGCGAUUGACCACAUUUGAGAAGGACAAUGUCUUUGAGAUAUGAAAUGGUAUGAAUGGGAGUGACAACCUCUAAAAGAGGUUUUGCAUCAUGUAAACAGAAGUUGAGCAGGGUAAUGGCUAUGCUUAUUCCUGCCCAUCGCUGACUAUGAUGGCCGAAAAGUGCCUUUUGUAUUUGAUCACCUAAAUGGAAGUCCUAAAUGGUGGAUGGCAAAACACUAAAUCAACCAAAUCUUUUAAAUGUGCCAUAGGCCUAUGAACACCACCAAGAGUAUUUCCAUAACCAAUUAAGUGCUCUACUAUAGAGUGCAAACAAAGUGAAAAGUUUCAAUUUGGAGUGCUUUGAUUGGUCCAAUACACAGAUAAAGAAGAUAGAAAAAUGGAGAUUUAAGGGACUCAAGUCACCAGAGAAUUUACUCAUCUUAAGCCACAGUCAUCAAGAAAACAAACCAACAUUAAAUCUCUUUAUUAGUGGUUUUUAUUUAGUUUCAUUGUUCAUGUUAUAAUGUCUUGUGUUGAUGCAAGUCUUCCUUAGAGAAUUAUUUCUGCUUUCUUGUGACAUCUAUUUUCUACCAACAGCCGAGAAUUGGAAAAGUGAAAGCUCCUGGCUCAUGUGUUGUACCAUCUGAAGUGACAUUGGCAAAAUGUACUGUAGGUGCUCUGUUUGAUAAAUUGGCAUAGUGUUGUCGUAAAUCGUCCUCUCAGGGCACCACAAAAAAUCAUUAAUAUUCAUGUUUUUAAUCUCAGAUCUUCUUAUCUGGGAUAGCAAAUACAUGAAAUAACCUGUAAUGCUUGAAAAUGCCAGUCAGGUAUUUUAUUUUUCUGGAAAAUCAAAGGAACAAUUUGUAACUUGCUCUCCAGAACAACACCACCUUAUUUGGGUAGCUAAUAACCUCAAAAUAUGGAAUCAAUUAGUUUACAAAUGUUUAGGUAUACUGUAGUAUUUUUAGUUCCAGGAACAAUUGAUUUUGUAUAUAUUUUGUUUUGUAUUCACAUAAUAAUACCGCUGUUGCGGUGAUAUUUUAAAUACGUACUGGAAAUAAGGUGAAAUAAUAGAAUCCCAGGGACAUACUUGCCUAGCAUUUAGCCCAAAAUGUGAUCAAACCAAAGAGGAAUAUCAUUCAUUGGCUAUUUUUUUGAUAUAUUACUAUUUAUUUAUGGUACAAGUAAUGCAGUGUAUUCAA